AUGGCUGGUUGUUUUUUGUCCGUUCAAGCACUCUUCUUGACCUGCCUCUUCUGGGGAGCUUGGGUAAGCUGCAUUGCUAGUGCAAAUCAAGGUAUGACUAAAGCCAACUGUUAAUAUAUGCACACACCUUAUACAUUCACCUUCAUUAUUGUUUUGCUACUAGGUGUAAUAUUUUAUAACCUUCGCUGCCUCCCAUUCGAAAAAAAGUUGAAACUCAACAAGGGAGAGGACUACACUUGACUCUGUGCUGAGCAAAAUGAACGAUUCAGGUCCCAUGAUUUUUGGCUGAAGUUGUGGAUACAGUAUACUACUACUUACAAUGUCAUGCGGUACCCUAAAAGCAAAAACUAUAAGCUAGAGAAAAAGCCAAAGCGGGCUAGAUUACGAUGUAACAGGAACAAAAUUCUUGAAGACGGUUUUGACGGCACUGGACAAGUCUUUUUGAAAUGACUUUUAUGUUUUUAUUUAAAAGUCAUUAUCGUUUAGUUCAAAAUGUUUUACCACAUACCCCUAAAUUUGUUACAACCAUAAGGAAAGAAAAUGGUUGAGAACUUAAAAUAAAACAACUACAACGAAUAUCUGAAAAGUUCAUAACUCAAGCUAAGGGUUAAUGAGAGAAAAACACAGACCGGCCGUAGCUAUGACAGGAAAAGUUUUGUUAGCACUUUCAUGAAUCAUACUUCUAGUUAUUCAUACAAACCUUUCUCUUUUGAGGACAAACAAUGAUUCAACUGAACCUUUCCCACGUAGCAGAAGAAAAAACCCUAAAAUUCUUACUUGGAAUCAGUAUCAGACAUUCUUUUGGGUCCAGACUGCACUGAGGCCAACUUUAAACGUAAAUUAACAGAUUACCAAACUUUGAACAGAAUCUAUAUCUAGUACAAUUUUAGACGCGUAUUUUUAUGCAUGAUAUUCAACUAGGAAAGGGAAAAAAGUGACAAGAAAAAUGCAGCUGCGUUGUUGAGCUUACGACACAAACGAUCAUGUACGGCAACAUAGAUUAGCCUACAAUUUUUGUGCCCACCCAAGGGGGAUGGGGGAUGUGUUUCUAGAACCACAUCAGAUGGAAAUUAAAAACUGUUUUCAAAAAAAAAAAACCUUGAAAUUCGGUGUCGAAUUUUAGAAGGGAUAGGAUGAUCGAGAUGGUUUAAGGGCCUUAUAGGUUCUUUCUCUUAUACUGAACUUUAAAUCAAUAAUUAAACGAGUGUGCAACUACAUCAAUUUGACGUUGCCGUGGAGUCGACAAAGCUUGCCCUUUGAAAUGCAACAAUUUUCUCACUGCAUAAAAGCUUAUAAACUAAAAGAAGGCUGAAAUUAAGCGACAACAGUUUGACGGUUGUCAUGACGUAUUUUAUUUAAAUUCCUAGUUAGUGAUCCUUCAAGAAACUUAUUAAUUAGUUAUAUCGUUUUGUUACUUACUUCGGUCGGUGGGAAAGCUCCUGUAGGUUUUCUAACUGCUUCGACAUAGCAGACUAUUAUUUCUGGCGAAAUUUUUAGGGGAAAAUCCCUUUUGUCAUUGAAAAACUCGCUUGGAUAGGCAAAAGUCUGAAAGUAGAAAAAAAAAAAUAACUAAAAGCGUCCAACAUAUCUCACAUCAGUUCUCUCUCCGGUGAUCGAUAGCUUCUGAUCAUUCCACAGAUAAUCCAUUUUAGUUCCAAACUUUUUAAAUUUCAUUGUGGAAUAUUUAGCUGCUUAACAUUCAUGGUAACCUGUUCUUGUUGUUGUUGGUGGUGGUGGUGUUAUGUUUUUGUCCAGCAAGCAAUCUGCAAAGGAUCUGUUAUUCAUUUAUAAACAAUCACGGUCGAGGAGCGUGGGAGAACGAAAGACUGCAUUGAUGUUUUUUAACGUGUUCUCUGAAUUAAUGUGGGUGAAAUUAGUAGUGGAGUACUAAAAAAGGCUAAGUGGUUGAGACGCUCUGCGUUCAGUUAAUCUUACAAGUGUGGUGGGUGAGGGCGACCUUGAAAGCUGCUGGCAGACCCGGAAAGACCUAUUUCUGGCUGCGGUGAAAGACAAUAUUCCAACCAAGCGAUUGAGAGGUCGAAACCAUGUGCCCUGGCCCACAGGUGCCGUUAUCAAUCUUAUCAAGAAAAAGGAAACCGUACGCAGGAAACUAAAAUUGCACCCGUCGGAGUCACUAAAAGUCAAAUUUCAAACUCUGCGUUCACAAGUAAAGCGCGCGAUCAGAGAAAGCAGGGACGAGUUCUUUGAGUCUGCUAACAUCGAGUUCAAGAUCAAUCCCAAACGUCUCUGGUCAGUAUUAAAAACUCGCUCAAAGUCGCGCAACAUACCACAGUGUCUCCAUGACGACUGGUAACCUACGUGCAACCGCUGACACCCCAGAAGAAAUCGCAGACAUUUUAUAUAACUAUUUCACUUCAGUGUUCCCUGUUCUUCAAGAGGACAAAGUAGAUAACGGCGCAGGGAAAUUCCCUACCGCAGAACCCCCCUUUAGCGAUAUUGUGUUGCACAUCGGCGAAGUUGAGGCUGUCCUAAAAUCACUAGACCCAAACAAAGCCACUGGUCCAGAUGAGAUCCCGGCUAGAAUCCUAAAGGAAACCGCCACCACUAUUGCUCCAUCACUAUGCAAGCUGUUCAACAGGUCUCUGGGGAAAGGCUAGAUACCGUCUGAGUGGAAAUUGGCCAAUGUAGUGCCUGUCUAUAAUAAGGAUGAAAAAGAUCAUGUUGAAAACUAUAGGCCUAUCUCCCCACUUUGCAUUAUUUCUAAAGUCCUCGAGCGUUGUGUCUUGAGCCGCAUCAAUGACCGAUUAGAAGAUCUGAUUGCGGACUGUCAGCACGGGUUUCGGAGUGGACGUUCAUGUGUCACAAAUCUACUAGAGACCCUAGAUUACAUCGGUGCUGUUCUUGAUAGAGCUGGUCAAGUAGAUUGUGUGUAUUUAGACACGUCCAAAGCCUUUGUUAAGGUUAGACAUGACCUCCUUAUGGAAAAACUCUGGGGUUCUGGCUUCGGAGGGAACCUGCUCACAUGGUUUCAUGCGUAUCUCUGUGGCAGGCGCCAAUGCGUCAGCGUACUAGGCGCGACAACACGUGACCUACCUGUCACCUCUGGAGUCCCUCAGGGUUCAAUACUCGAACCUGCUCUCUUCUUGUUAUAUGUGAACAACCUUCCAGAUUCUAUCCUCAUAGCAAAGUGGCAAUGUUUGCAGAUGACACUAAAGUAUACAAGGUAGUGAUGUCUGAGGAUGAUGGCGCCGCUCUCCAACAAGAUCUGGAUAAUCUGUCUUCAUGGUCCGCUGCCUCUGGCCUAGCCUUCAAUGAUAAGAAAUGCAAGCUUCAGACCAUUACGAGGAAGCGCAAGCCCAUCUGUACGAGCUACGAGGUUAACGGCAGUACCAUCAAGUCCUGUGACGUAGAGCGUGACCUUGGCGUCUCCUUGGACUGUGACUUGACUUGGCACGCUAAGUCUCUCACCAAGCUGCACGUGCAAACAAGUUGUUAGGUUUCGUUAGGAGGAACUCUAGGUUUAUUCACAGCACUUCCGUAAGGUGCACAUUAUACCUCGGGCUAGUUCGUGCUCAUCUUGGCUAAGCAACCCAGGUCUGGGCGCCCCAAGGCAUUGAACUAAUUUCUAAACUCGAAAGUAUCCAAAGACGUGCCAAAUAUCAAAUUCAUUCUUUGCUUGCCUUUUUUUAACAAAUAUUUCUUACAAAUAAAGACUAAUGUCUGUAAACCUACUUCCUGUGUGCUACAGGCACGAGUUACUAGAUCUAGUAUACUUUUACAAGGCUACGCAUAAUAUGAUUCACUUAGAUCCGUCUGUUGUUCCCUUCGUGCGCGAAUGCGCGCGAAGGACCCGUAUAUCCGUAACGAGCUCUCAAUCUCUUGUGCCUAAAAAAUGCAGGACUUCUACCUUUCAGAAAUCUUUUUUCAUUAGAACCACUAGAAUCUGGAACCUGCUUAUUACUAGACUUGACCUAGAUAAUGUUACUUUUGAGAACUUAAAUCCGUUCUUUACGGUUAUUACUCGCGGGCUCUAGCAAUAAACUAUGACCCGGACUCUCCAAGGAGCUUCAAAAGUAUUUGCUUGAAAUGUAACACAGACAGGUUUUUAGACCAAGAAAUUAGCUGCUGCAUGUGAUUUAAAUUGCUACUUUUAUAUCCUAUUAUUUUUUGGGUCCGUAGUAAUUGGCUUUAGCUGUUGCGGUGUCCCUGUCCAAAUAUUUAAGUUAUUAUUAGUGUAUUGUUACGUUCUUAUUACUAGUAUUUGCAUAUCUUCAGUGUCUUUUUUUUUCCUGUAUUCUUCAGGGCAAAGCUAAUAAAAUAAAUAAAAUAAAAUAGACGUUAACAUCGCUAUUUUUUUUUAGAUACCUGUGGCCAAAUUCGGUAUUUGAAGUUUUUUGAUCGGGAGUAUGGCCCUUAUAUGUAUCUUCAAGGCCACACCUUUUUAAACCUUUCCAUUGGAGCAGGCAAAUCUUGCGAAACGGAAUGUCUUUACCGGAGAGAGUGCGUGGCAAUCAACAUUGGUCCAGCAAUUAAUGAUAUGAGGGUCUGUGAGUUGUGUAACUCAGAUCACAUACAGCAUCCUAAUGAUUUAAAACGAAGAGAACGUUGGACGUAUAAAGGUACACAGGUAUGGCGAAUUUCACUGGAAUAAAUUAAUGACGGCAAUGGUUGUGAAUUAUCUUGUGGUAAGCGUUUAACUAUUCAUAGCCCAAUAAGUGAAGUUUUAGCCAUGGAAGUGGUGAUGACAAUGACGAUCAAAUGAUAGUGAUGACGACCCUUGGGUGUCAGAGACUUUUCAUAUGCGGUUUCCUGUUUUGGUUAACUGUUAUAGUGACCGCUCGUGUCUUGGGUUCUCUCCCGAAGAUUGCACUUGUCCGUCUUCCCUCCAGACAGGGAGAACCAACCAAAACGGACUUUUACAAAGUCUAGCCAAAGAUCUGUCGAGCGGCGAUGAAGAAGACAUAAAAUAAUGAUGAGAAUGGUGAUAGGGAGCAUUGACUACUUGCAGUCUCUCAGGAUGGUCGCGCGUGCGAGAAUGUUACGUGUGAGCGAACGAGCGAGGCAAACGCGCAAGGGGGAAGACGGAAAAGGAAAAGCCUCUCCCAGUUCCCUUCUCGAGGGUCUGAAUGGGGGGUACCUAGAUAACACUAAACAAUUCAUUUUUUGGCUUUUGGCUUUUCUUUGAAACAAUAUUUUUUUCCCAGAUAGAAGCAAAAACGGCUCCAAAAGGCCAAUAUUAUUUUCUUUACUAUAUCAAGGAGUUUUUGGCCAUUUUACUACAAUUCCAGAUUAUUCAGAAGAUUUCCGAAAGCUACCGAAGAUUUCCGAAGACUAACGAAGAGGUCCGAUUAUUGUCGAAGAUGUCCGAAGAACCCUCCAAACACUUGACAGUAUUUCUUCGGAAAAAGUAAACAUAAAAAAACUGGCUAAUUUACAGCAAACACUCAAAAUUAUGGGCAAAUAACACCAAACAUUAAACCCCAUUCAGACCCUCCUUCUCGACUGGUUCGCUCUCUCGAGCUCUGCCAAGUCUCGAUUCCACAGACUGAAAAGAGAACUGCUCGAAGUCUACAAUAUAAUAUUAAAAUUUCAUGAAGUCUAAAUUACGCUUUUAUUUUCACUAGAAUAUUUGUGCCUACAAACCUUGCUUGAACAAUGCAAAGUGUUUCCUUGGAUAUACGGAUAAGGGGUUUCUUUGCGAAUGCCAGUCUGGUUACACGGGAGAACUCUGCGAAACAGGUAAUUAUGUGGGCAGCAAACGUAGACAUAUUCAGUCCUGUUUUCGAUUGACUGCGCCACAAAGAAUACUUUUCGGGCAGAAACAAACUGGAAAUACGUCUACGUCUCUCAUACACGGAAUCACCAGCUAGUAAACUAGAAACUCACCGUGGCCCAUUGCUUCGAGAUCCUUCGAGAUGGUUAGAAAAACGAAAGUGUAUCCUACCCAGAAAUAGAGAACAAGGGAAUGUUGCUUUAUAAUAAGAAAUAAUCAACGUUGUCAAGGUUCGAAAACAUCUGGUCCGCAGCAAAGUUUUAUCCUGGAAAGCUCCGCCUUGAGGUUCUAUUUUCGUUUCGCUUUGAAAAUAACAUUCCGGCGGGCAAGGCGAAAGGAAAAGCGGUAGCCGCUAAGAGAGAAUGUAUGAGAACCGCUAAAAUUGGGCCUGAUCUCAGAUUACCUUGAGGGCCAGCUCCUUACCCUUUUAUAUAAUAUUUUUUGAGAGAAAAGGUACCCCUCCCUUACACAUUACCUUCGAUUGACAAAUGGUACCCCUUUCAAAAUACCUAGUUUAGAACUUUGCAUUACUUUUAGCUGCUGUAAAUGUACUGUCUUUAAACUGUGAAUAAAUCACAAAACCAGGAAAUUUUCUCGACUUUUUCACAGCGAUAAAAUCCUUCUGUUAGCCCUUUUAGGUCUUUUUACAGACCAAAUUGACACAGAUUUCUCUACUCUCUCAUAUAUUUCAACCACACCUGAAGUCUUGAAAAGGUACCCAUUUCGCAUUUCGGGCGGAGCUUCCCCGUAUAGGUCAUUGUAGGGGUUCCCCCCGGGAUUUAUGGUUGGACGAAUGCAAGGAUAAGACUCAUCAGUGUGACGUAAAUGCGAACUGUACCAACAUUCCUGGCUCAUAUAACUGCACGUGCCGGCCUGGCUACACAGGAAAUGGGAGCAUUUGUAAUGGUAUAAUUAGCUACCCAAGCCUUCACUUCAUUUUUCUGCACGUAGUUAUGUUUUCUUUGCAACUUAAUAUUUUCUACUUCCUCCAGAAAUUGAUGAAUGCAAGGAUGGAAGUCAUGAUUGUCACAUAAAUGCCAACUGUACCAACAUUCCUGGCUCUUACAACUGCACGUGCAGGCCUGGCUACACAGGCAAUGGGAGCAUUUGUAAAGGUAAAUAUUUGCUGGUUAAUUUUUAUGACUUGUCUUUAUAGAGUCGGGGCUUAUAGCUCCCUUUGGUAGUACUCUUUUUGAUACUCUUUUCUUAGUUACACUUACGUCACUUAAACCAAGAUGGUAAACUUAUCAUAGUGAGCGGCACUCGAUCUCAGCGAUCUUACGGAAGCAGUCUUGGACACCUUUUUUCAAAUUUCUGUGAUUCCAAAGUAGGAGGUAGGUUAAUUUGUGUUAAUGUUUAUGUUUUUGUGUAAUUCUGGCAUUUUGUUUUUUCAGAUGUAGAUGAAUGUGCUGGCAACUUACAUGACUGCAACGACACUCAUGCAAACUGUACAAACAUCCCGGGAUCCUAUAGCUGUGUUUGCAACCCACCAUAUUAUGCAGAUGGGAAAAAGUGCAUAUUAAAUACACGUGAGUGUAUUAAGCCAAGAAUUAUAAAAUGAUCCGAGUGGCGUUUGGAGGGGAAUAGGGGUUGAUGGCUUAGUUGGUACUGCGUCUUGGAUCCCUGAUUGACGUUUAGAGAAGGCAGCAACUACUUUAGGCCCUUUAUACGGUGGAUUUCCGCUGUCGCGUAAUUUUUACGUGCGUACGAGCGGAAACAUUUACAUUCGCAGAUAAAAGAGAGGCUUAAGUAAACGUUGAACCUCGCCAGUUUUUCACGUUUAAGUGCAACACUUCAAACCUUGUCACUAUUUUAUUUACGCGUGUGAAAUUUACGUGCGUAUACAAGCACUUGAAAAUUACGCGACAGUGGAAAUCCACCCUUACUCUUGGUAAUUAAAUUAUUAUAAUUACUUAUGCAGUUGCGAAAAGAAAGGACUGAAAAAAAAUUCAGGCUUGCACGGGAUUCAAACUCUUCACCUCUCUAACCGAUUGAGCAGCAAGCCAACUGGGAGCUGUUUUUUUUUUUUAAUAAAAAUAGGUCAUUCCCUGCGUUUAAACCUUUCACAAAAAUAGGUCAUCUCCGAAUUAUCACUUUCAAAAUGAGGCUGAGUGCAAAAUCUUUCUUGUAAAAUUGACUUUUAUUUGCAUGGGAGUACAUUUUCAUAUCGCACUUAGCCUCGCUUGGAAAUAGAGGCUUAGAGCAAGUGUUGGUUCGUAAUAUACCUGGGAAAGAUUACAGGCUUUCUACCUGUAGAGCAGUUUUGGAUUAGUGAUUGCAUAUAUACAAAAGAAGUGAGGAACCUAAACGCAGAGCUCAAGUUCACUUGGAGGAUUCUUGAAGGCAAAUAAACCGCAGUAUUUAGUAAGAAUUGUUGCAAGCAUUCGUGAUAAUAAAUUUAACUGUUUGCAUAUACGAGUCUCUCUAUUGGCGAGUAACUGCGGACGUCGUUUUCGUCGCCCUUUUCCCAUCAAAUCGUCGGCUUUUCAACGAAAUCGUCGCAUAUUAAUAGUUGUUUUGCAUGGUAACGCUACUGGGGAGCUCGAGUUACGGCGAACGUAGCGUGAAAAUUAAAAAAAGCAUGCAACAGAUUUCACUGAUAAACAGAAAAAAAAACGUGACCGUGUAGCGCACUUUUUGGCAAAUUUCCUUGCCAUUGUCGCACGAAUAUUAAACGUUGUCAAACUUUAUUGAAAUGGCAAUGCGAUCGUACCUUUAGGCCCCGUACAGACGUAUCCGGGUACUUUUUAAUCCGCAAAUUUUUCUUUGCGGAUUCAAAAAUUUCCACGUCCACACGUAUCCGUAUUCAAUAAUCGAAUUUGCCCGUACACACUUAUCCGGAUUGAUUCUCAGUUCAUCAGCUAAUUUGUAAAGCGAUCUUCGGCCCAAGCGAAAAUUUUAUCGCUAGUCUGUUUCACCGAUAAAAUUGUUUCAUCAAGCACUAUAUUUAACUCGUUUAACUUGUUUACGGCGUCAAAUCCGUCCGUCCUAUAUGGAAAGAAGCUUCAAAAUGUCAAACCGUCGUUUGGGAUAAUUGAAGUGUACAGUAAUCAUAACUACAAUGAGGGACAAACGUGUUGAGACACUUCUAUAAAAUGGCCCCUUUUUGAACAGUGGACAUACCUGUCCCCUUCCCCUGUGUACUUCCACCCCUUCCUCUUAAACCAAUGUUGUGUUUUAGACCCUCAAGUCUUUCUUUUACUACAAACAACAUUGAUUUGGGGGUGGGGGAAUUACGGUGUUUAAAUAGAAUGAAAUAAAAAUUGUUGCUAAAAGCACCCGUUUUAGACAAGUGUGUCAACUACUUUUGUCCCUGAUUGUAGGUUUAACUACACACACGUUAUACUAAAAAAGACUUGAAACUGAAGUGCCAGAAGUAAAGAAGCGAUAAUAUUGCGCUGGGCACCGUCUUGAAUAUUCACAGUAAAGAACUGGGCUGAACGUUACUGUGUAAGAAAAUAUCCGGAUUUAGCGCCCAGUAGUCUAAAAUGUCAUACGUCUCCAUCCCUUAACCCGUCGGGCAUCUCUUCCCCACGCCCCCCACGGGUUAGGAGAUGGCGACGUGUGACAGUUCAGACUGAUCGUCCACACGAUUCCGGAUUUAUUACGUAUUUAAAAAUUUCCUCUCUGGAGAGCGGAUUCAGAAAGUUGCGGAUUCGUCUACCGGAUUUACCGAAUACGUGUGAACGGAAGCCGGACCCGCAAAGAAAAAGUUGCAGAUUCAAAAAUAUCGGGAUACGUGUGGACGGUGGCUUAAUCUCUAAGAUUGUCGUAUCAUCAAGCGAUCGUCGCGAGUUCACCCAUAGUGUCUCAUAUGCCUUUGGCAUGAAUAUCCGUGCACAGCUACGCUGAGUGCCAUGAUUUGCUAGAUCGAUGCGCUAUUCCGCUCGCGCUCAUACCAAAGAUAUGAACCAAAGAUUUCUUUUUUUUUUUUUAAGGUGGUUUGAAUGCAUCAGUUAUUCUUGGCAAAGAGAGGGAGCACUUCGAUUUAGCGUGGUUUUUGAAGUCCGUGAUCAUUAGCUCAGUCCGUAGUAGGUUUGUGAGGUGUUGGCACGCUAAAGAGGACAGCUGGGCGGCGUCUACGUUCCACGGCAACUGUGAUGACAAGGGACCCACUGUAACUAUCAUUCAAGUCGGCAGUUUUAUAUUUGGAGGAUACAGUAACGUAUCAUGGAAAGAUCCUGGUGAGUACAAGAACCAGAAGAAAUAGGACUGUUUUUUUGUUUGCUAACAAUUAAGAACGAUAAAGUAGUACAGCGAGAAAGUAAUUCCUAAGCAAUCAGAAUUGGCCAUUUUCAUGAUGACGUCACUUGAUAUAACUAACAGAAGUUUGUUUUUCUCUACUUCGUAAUUUAAAUUAAAUACAUUUCCUUAAAACAAAAAUCAAUGAUAAAAAAGAAACUUGUCUUCAUGUCAUCAUUAUCAAAGAAAAUAUAUAUUUCCAAGAAUUGUGUUGAUUUCUUAUGUUUUGAUAAUGAUGACCUAAAACCAUCCCCAAGUUACUUUUUUAUCGUUGAUUUCACUUUUAAAUCACAACAUCAAUAAACAAAAUCUUGCAAAAUUUGGUUUUGCCCUCUCCUUACAAAAACCCAUUAAGGGGCCACUCCACAGGAGAGGACGCCUCUGGUCCCAGCUUAAUUUUACUGAAUUUUCUUUAAAGUUCUCUAACUAUGAACUGCGGACUCUUUUUAAUGAAGCAAAGUGUGGCUUAAGAACUACCCCCCGGGUCACGGUAGUCACAAGGAUAAAAAGGAAAAAUUUUCCAUUGUAAAAAGCUAAUGUUGUAGUCACACCAUGAAUAUUCAUGACCAAAAUUACCUUUAAAAGCUGAAUGAAACACAGAAUCAAGUGCUUCAGCCAUACAGAGGUUGAAAAAAAAAUGUAUUAGAUGCAUGUGUGAUACCGUCUGUCAUUUGUAUUUUAUGGACUUCAAGUAGGUUUCAGGCUCUGUCAUAAUUCAAUAGAUCUGAAUUCAGUUACGAUUCUAGUUUGCAUAAAUCUCUUUUCGGGACAAAAACCCUGCUCUUUCCUACUAACACUGAGGGAUUCCAGUUUAGGGAGAGCUCCCUUUCUGCUCAUCAUGGAAGUCUGUUACUCUUCUAAGACUGCCUAAUUUUCUCCUCCCCCACUAAUUUCAAAGUCAAUACAGUGUCAUUACUGUACUCAGCAAGACCACAAAGGGAUGUGUGGCUCAACACUUUUUUAGGAAUAUUGAAAAAUUUAUACAAAUACAGCAAAUUUCAAAAAUCAAUGCAGUAAAGCAUUGGUUGUCUAGGAAUGUUUGUAUGUCAAGCCGGACUUGCACUCACUAUUUUAAACUGAAGUCCGGAUAAUUGAAUAUUCCUAGAAGUUAAUUUUUUAUGAGCGCCUUUAGUAAGGUCAGUAAGAAUUGUAAAAUGUCGUCAUUAUCUCCCAGGUGUUUGUUCCUUUGCAUAUUCAAGUAAAGCCUUUAUCUACUCACUGACCAAUAACAAUGGUUCUGGACACGCUGUUUACAAUCCUGUUAAGCUGCGAGUCAAGUCAGAUAGGUACAAGAAUGCUGUAGUCAGGUGUGAUUCAUAUGGACCAACAUUUGGCUGGUUUGAUAUUUUCAUAUCAAACAACUCUGCCAGUAACCAGAAUUCUUAUACUUAUUGUGGCCGGAGCUACCCUCUCCCACCAGGGUAUUCUUUAUCUGGUUCUAACUGUACAUUCUAUGCUGGAAGCUUCUACUUCACGCCAACAGAUAUCGAAGUAUUCUAUGAAACAACCACUUAA